GAGGCGCCGGCAGCCGCGCAGCUGAGCCGCCGCCGAGCCGCGCUGCACCGCGCCGGGGGGAGCCGGGCCGCCCCGCUGCCAGCCCAGCCCAGCCCAGCCCAGCCGAGGGGGCCUCCUUUUGUUCACCCAGUGCCUCCUCCCCCCGCUCCCUCCGCUCCUCCAUGGGCUGCGGCGGUGCCAGCCGCCCCCUCCUGCCGAAGAAACGCUCGGGCCGCCGGGGUCAGGCCGGAGCAGCUGCCGGGACCGCGGGGGAGGCGGCGGCGCCCGGCCGCGCUGGAACCUUUUUAAAACACUGGGGUUAUUGGAGUGGUCGAAUUUUUCCUGGAUUUGAGUGAGAAAUUCAGAAGACUGAAGCCCAGGCUCACUGUCUACCUUUCACGGAGGCCCAGCCGUGAGAGGACAGAAGAAGGCACGUGGCGAAUCAUGACAGCUGACAAAGAAAAAGACAAAGACAAAGAGAAGGACAGAGACAGAGACCGGGACAAGGAGCGAGACAAAAGAGACAAAGCGAGAGAGAGCGAGAACUCGCGUCCUCGUCGGAGCUGUACUUUGGAAGGAGGCGCCAAGAAUUAUGCCGAGAGCGACCACAGUGAAGACGAGGACAACGAUAACAACAGCGCUACCACGGAGGAGUCUACAAAGAAAAAUAAAAAGAAACCACCGAAGAAGAAAUCUCGCUACGAGAGAACGGACAACGGUGAGAUAACGUCCUUCAUCACAGAGGAUGAUGUUGUCUACAGGCCUGGAGAUUGCGUGUACAUUGAAAGUCGCCGGCCGAACACCCCAUACUUCAUCUGCAGCAUUCAAGACUUCAAACUGAGUAAACGGGACCAUCUGCUUAUGAAUGUCAAAUGGUACUAUCGCCAGUCUGAAGUCCCAGAUUCAGUCUAUCAGCAUUUGGUUCAGGACCGACACAAUGAGAAUGACUCUGGACGAGAGCUUGUUAUCACAGACCCAGUGAUCAAGAAUCGAGAGCUCUUCAUUUCAGAUUACGUUGACACGUACCAUGCUGCUGCCCUGAGAGGGAAGUGUAACAUCUCCCAUUUUUCUGACAUAUUUGCUGCUAGAGAGUUUAAAGCCCGAGUGGAUUCAUUUUUCUACAUAUUGGGCUACAAUCCAGAGACGAGGAGGCUGAACAGCACCCAGGGGGAAAUCAGAGUUGGACCCAGCCAUCAGGCUAAGCUUCCAGAUUUGCAGCCAUUUCCUUCCCCGGAUGGCGGCACAGUAACACAACAUGAAGAACUUGUGUGGAUGCCGGGGGUCAAUGACUGUGACUUGCUCAUGUACCUCAGGGCAGCAAGGAGCAUGGCAGCUUUUGCAGGGAUGUGUGAUGGAGGAUCCACAGAAGAUGGCUGUGUUGCAGCAUCUCGUGAUGACACUACACUCAAUGCACUCAAUACACUACAUGAAAGUAACUAUGAUGCCGGAAAAGCCCUGCAGCGCUUGGUGAAGAAGCCUGUGCCCAAACUGAUCGAGAAGUGUUGGACUGAAGACGAAGUGAAACGCUUCAUUAAGGGGCUGAGACAGUACGGAAAGAACUUCUUCAGAAUCCGAAAGGAGCUACUUCCCAAUAAGGAGACUGGAGAACUAAUCACCUUCUAUUACUAUUGGAAGAAAACCCCUGAAGCAGCAAGUUCCCGAGCCCACCGUAGGCAUCGGAGGCAGGCUGUGUUUCGGAGAAUUAAAACUCGAACUGCUUCCACUCCAGUCAACACUCCCUCCAGGCCCCCCUCCAGCGAAUUCUUGGACUUGAGCUCAGCCAGCGAAGAUGAUUUUGACAGCGAGGACAGUGAACAGGAACUGAAGGGCUACGCCUGUCGUCACUGCUUCACAACCACCUCCAAGGACUGGCACCACGGUGGUCGAGAAAACAUCUUGCUCUGCACUGACUGCCGCAUCCACUUCAAGAAGUACGGGGAGCUCCCGCCCAUUGAGAAGCCAGUGGACCCUCCACCCUUUAUGUUUAAGCCUGUCAAAGAGGAAGAUGAUGGACUCAGCGGAAAGCAUAGCAUGAGGACAAGGCGGAGUCGGGGCUCGAUGUCUACACUACGUAGUGGUCGUAAAAAGCAGCCAGCCAGUCCCGAUGGUAGAGCCUCACCCAUUAAUGAAGACAUCCGGUCCAGCGGCCGCAAUUCUCCCAGUGCUGCCAGCACCUCCAGUAAUGACAGCAAAGCAGAUUCUGUGAAGAAGUCCACCAAGAAGAUAAAAGAGGAGGCAUCAUCCCCCCUCAAGAACUCGAAGCGGCAGCGAGAGAAGGCAGCUUCUGACACGGAAGAGCCGGACAGAUCAAACGCCAAGAAGUCCAAAACUCAAGAGAUCAGCAGGCCCGACUCUCCCUCGGAGGGUGAGGGUGAGGGUGAAAGCUCUGAUAGCCGCAGUGUCAACGAUGAAGGCAGCAGCGACCCAAAAGACAUUGACCAGGACAACCGGAGCACGUCACCCAGCAUCCCCAGCCCCCAGGACAACGAGAGCGACUCGGAUUCAUCAGCUCAGCAGCAAGUGCUCCAGGCGCAGCCGCAGGUGCUCCAGGCACAGAACGGCUCUGCCCAGGCCCCACCUUCCACCCCACCGAUAUCCACCCAGCUCCCCACAUCGAUGCCAGCAGUGUCGAGCGCCCCCUCUGCCGCCGCCGCCCCCCAGGUUUCGCCGUCAGUGUCUCAGCCUCCCAGCCAGCCCCAGCCUCCAGCACCGCCACCACCUCACUCUCACAUACAGCAGGCUCCUGCCCUGCACCCGCAGAGACUCCCCUCACCACACCCACCGCUGCAGCCCCUGAGCGUGUCGCAGAGUCAGCCCCAGGCUGCUGCAUCAGCACAGCCCCACUCGCAGCCUCCACUCCAUGGCCAGGCCCAGCCUCCCCCUCACGGCCUGCAAGCCCAGCCUCUUCUGCCUCACCCUGUACCCCCUCAGCCAUUCUCUCUCCCCACGCAGUCUUCUCAGUCUCAGGUUCCCCUCCAGACACAGGCUCCUUCUCACUCUCACGCUGCUCUGCAGGUGCAAGCACAACCUGCCCUGCAAGCGCAGGCUCCACUGCAGCAACCCCAGCCCCCACGGGAGCAGCCCCUGCCCCCUGCACCCAUGGCCAUGCCUCACAUCAAGCCCCCUCCCACCACCCCCAUUCCUCAGCUUCCUACUCCACAGUCCCACAAGCACCCUCCCCACCUUUCUGGGCCUUCUCCAUUCUCGAUGAACUCCAACCUGCCGCCGCCUCCUGCUCUGAAGCCACUAAGUUCCCUUUCCACUCAUCAUCCUCCUUCUGCGCACCCUCCUCCAUUGCAGCUGAUGCCCCAGAGCCAGCCGCUGCAGUCCUCUCAAGCUCAGCCUCCGGUUCUGACUCAGAGUCAGAGCCUUCCACCAUCAGCAAGCCACCCCUCCUCCGGGCUCCAUCAGGUAUCCUCCCAGACGCCCUUCUCUCAGCAUCCCUUUGUCCCGGGGGGACCACCUUCCAUCACCCCCCCAUCCUGCCCCUCCACUUCCACUCCACCUUCCGUGCCUGGUAUCCCCUGUCAACCUCCUGUCUCCACAUCGGCGUCGUCCAGCGGAAACGUCCCAGUGGUCACGUCCUGCACGUUGCCGCCUAUUCAGAUCAAAGAAGAGGCUCCUGAUGAGGCAGAGGAGCCAGAGAGCCCACCACCUCCACCCAGAAGUCCGUCACCUGAACCCACUGUGGUGGACACACCAAGCCAUGCCAGCCAGUCAGCCAGGUUCUAUAAACACCUGGACCGCGGCUACAACUCCUGCGCGAGAACGGACCUGUACUUCAUGCCUCUGGCAGGAUCCAAAUUGGCCAAGAAGAGAGAGGAGGCAGUUGAGAAGGCCAAGAGAGAGGCAGAGCAGAAAGCAAGAGAAGAGAGGGAGAGGGAGAAGGAGAAGGAGAAGGAGCGGGAGAGAGAGCGGGAGCGGGAAAGAGAAGCGGAAAGAGCCGCGCAGAAGGUAUCCAGUUCCUCCCACGAAGGUCGCCUCGGGGAAUCCCAGCUCAGCGGACCAGCCCACAUGAGGCCUUCGUUCGAACCUCCGCCCACAACCAUUGCCGCCGUUCCACCAUAUAUUGGUCCGGACACACCUGCAUUACGGACUCUCAGCGAGUACGCCCGUCCUCACGUCAUGUCACCAACCAACCGCAACCAUCCCUUCUUUGUUCCCCUGAACCCCACUGAUCCACUCCUGGCCUACCACAUGCCCGGCCUUUACAACGUGGACCCAACCAUCCGGGAACGGGAGCUCCGAGAGCGGGAGAUCCGGGAGCGAGAAAUCAGGGAAAGGGAGCUGAGGGAGAGGAUGAAACCUGGCUUUGAGGUGAAGCCCCCGGAACUAGAUGCACUGCACCCAGCUACCAACCCCAUGGAGCAUUUUGCCCGGCAUGGCGCACUGACUAUCCCCCCAACGGCAGGACCUCACCCUUUUGCUUCCUUCCACCCGGGUUUGAACCCUCUUGAGAGGGAGAGACUCGCACUGGCAGGCCCUCAGUUACGGCCUGAAAUGAGCUACCCCGAUAGACUGGCGGCAGAGAGGAUACACGCUGAGCGGAUGGCCUCGCUGACAAACGACCCGUUGGCGCGGCUCCAGAUGUUCAAUGUGACGCCUCACCACCACCAACACUCACACAUACAUUCACAUCUACACCUUCAUCAGCAGGACCCGCUACACCAAGGUUCAGCAGGACCUGUUCACCCACUGGUGGAUCCCUUGGCAGCUGGACCCCACUUGGCACGCUUUCCCUACCCACCCGGUACCAUCCCUAACCCAUUGCUAGGGCAGCCACCCCACGAGCAUGAAAUGCUGCGACACCCAGUCUUUGGUACCCCCUAUCCACGAGACCUGCCUGGUGCCAUCCCACCUCCAAUGUCAGCGGCCCAUCAGUUGCAGGCCAUGCAUGCCCAGUCAGCAGAACUGCAGAGACUGGCAAUGGAGCAGCAGUGGCUGCAUGGGCACCCCCACAUGCACGGUGGACACCUACCAAGUCAGGAAGAUUAUUACAGUCGACUGAAGAAAGAAGGCGACAAACAGUUGUAAUAAAUUAUUUAUUUCUAUUGCCGGCUUAUGGAAACCCCAGUCCUUGGGAAGGAAUGGAACAUUUUUACAUACAAAUAAGAGCUGCAAAAGCAAAAGAAUAUCUUAUAAAAAUUUCUUUAUAUAUUUAAAACAAAAAGAAAAACAACCCCCCCCAACAACUAAAGACUUAUCAGCGUAAAUAGUGUUCAUUUGUAGAGAAGAUUUCUCAAGACUGGUGUGGGUCUCCCUGCAUGACAACCUAUUCAGAAGCCUAUUGAAAAAAAUACAGGACUGUAUGGAGUAUUCAGAGAACUUCCCUGCAAUCUUGUUUUUUUUUUUCCCCUGUUAGUUUUGAGUAGGUGCUAGAAUCAGGCUCACGACACAAGUCACUGUAUGUGAAGAGACACUCAAUGCAUCUAUAUCUAUUAAAAAAAAAACCAAAAAAAAAAACAAGAAUUGCAAGUAGGUGACAUAACAAGCUCUGAAUCCAAGUGCUAUAAUAAUAAAAAUCUACUUUUAUUUUAAUACAUUGUAGGAAAUCUUCAUAAUUUUAAAGAGAGCUCAGUUCUGCAGCAUGGCUUUUUAAGUCUGUAAAUAACUUUUUUGGGUAGGGGGGAGGAAAAACGAAACAAAACUCCGCAAAUGUUAAUCUUGAUUUUCAGUAACAUCACGAAUUGUGAAUUCCUACCUGGUAUUGACAGAAUACAGAGUUGAUUUUUUAAUAAAAAUAAAUAUAUAUAAUUAUCCCUUUAAUUAAAGGGAAAUGAUGGGUGUCAAUAAUUUCAAAUGGGCAAAAGCUUGAAAUUUGGUUUGGUAUCAGCUAUAAGCAUUAAAGAGAGUUGCAGGGAUAAUGUUACAAAUGACUGUUUCUGUUUUAGGUAUUUUUUUUCCCCAUUAGCAUUACACCUCUUUCUUUUCUGUCAUGAUUUUGAUUGAUUGAGUUCUGUUUCCCAGUGGUACAGAUGUCCCUUGGAACUAACUCCCCCGUUCUGUAUCUAAUAUAGGGGUUAACCUUACAUUUUGGCUAUAAUAUGUCUCCUUCCUUUACCUUUUAAAACAACCAGGCAAUUGGAUCACCUGGUUCAAUUUGUUUUAAACGUCCCUUUUUUACAUGUAAGAAGUAGAAAGAAUUUAAAAAAAAUAUAUCUUGUCCUUUUAAAAAUGAUCCAAAGCUCUGGCCUUUGAAAGUCAGGGUUUUAUAUGCAUGGACAGAACUUUUUUUUGGCCGUGGACUGCUUUCUCUAGUUUUUGUACUGAUAGGUUUUUAACGAGAAGGACAAGGCAAUUGGAUCUGCUGAUCAGCUCUGUGUAAAGCUCUUCCGCAAAGUCCUAUCUUCAUUUCACUUUUUUAAGUGAAGGCUGCCAUUCUCUUUUUUUUUUUAAACUGAUGCACAGGUUUAUGCAUCACUUGCUGCUUGGGGAUUAGGCGAAUCUGUGUACAGUAAUGUUUGCCGAUUCCCAACACAGCAGGUUUAUGCCUAACGGCCCUGGUUGGCUGGUAGCUGGUGUGUGUCAGUGGAUGGCAAAUGCAGAAAAGAGAAACGGCCCGUGCAGUGGAGCAGCAGGCAACAUUUUUGCAUGCAACUCUGCUCCGUCUGCACAGACGCACGGCUCUUGCACUUGCCUGCACCCCAUAUCGAACUUGGUUUUGUUUCUGCUUUAGCCCUCGUGCUUUUGCCAAGGCAGAGGGUAGUGGAUCCAACGGACAUCUUAAUCUGCUGGCCACAUUUUCUACUGGUGCACAACCUUUUCCAUUCUCUCUCUUAACUCUCGAGGGCUCUGUCUCUGCCGUUGUAGACUGUUAUAUGUGGUGGUCGUGUCAUAGGAGUGUACAAAGCCAUGUUAAAUAAACUUGUAGUUAAUCAUUCAUCCUGGGUGGAGACAGCAAGGUGUGCGCAGCGCUGUAACCACCACAGACUAGCGUCAGCGCGUUAUGGUUAAUGGUUGCACUGAUGGGCAGAUGACGACCUCAGCUUAUAAACUGAAACCUUCAUUGGGGAAUUUCAGUUACUGUCUGCCCAUCUUUGUGAAAGGGGAGGAAAAGGCUUGUUGCAAUUCUGUCGGACUGUCCUCCCCCCACCUUGGCUUCCAGUUUCUUUUAAUUGUUUUUCAGUCCCUUAAUGGUAAGUCAGUCCCAUGAGAGCCCCUGCGUUUGAACUCUAGUGUUUGGUAUCUGGGGGCUCCUAUAGACGUGCAGGGAGCCGGCUCCGACGUGCCGGAAAACCAGCGCAUUGGAGCAGACUCGAUUAAUUAAACUUAAUUACCGCACUCCAGCAGACUCCAGUGUCAUGUGUACCAGCAUCCCUCAUGCUGAAAACUGGUGGCAAGUUCAAACACCCUGUUGCCAUUUUUCAGCAUGGGGGAUGCUGAUGCAUGUGACACUCGGGUGCUUUUAAUUAGUGCAGCUCGCUAAUUAAAGCGCCCCCCAACGUCUCCCAGAGCACGUGUGAAACUGCCUUGGCUUUGGAUACCAAGAGAUUCAACACAGAACCAGUAACAGUAGCAAGUCUGCAGUUCCUCAGGUUGUCUGCUGUGAUCAGGUGAAGAAGGAAUAGCACCUGUCUAGUACAUACCAUUUUGAAGCUCAGCUCAUGGUACAGGUGCCACCAAGAUUUCCCUGGUCAGAGGAGACGGAGCAUCCAAUAAUACCAAAGGGGGGCUGAAUGAAAUGAAUUGAAUUUGAAUUUUUCCCCCACAACUAUCCAGGAUUGUGGGAGGCAGGAAUACCACCCAUUUCAUUUGACCACCCUACCUCCUUACUUUGUUGUCAGAUCUGUUUUUACUAACAAAAAGAUGCUGAUUCAUUCAUUGUUCUUUCUCUCCCCCUCAGUUUUUCCAAACAGCAAAACUACUGCUUUUACAAUCACUAUUCAGAAGCAAUUAGUUGAUCAUCUUUUCCGCUCGGCAUUCUGACAACCUUUUCUUUUAACAUCCUUGAGCGCAGAAGCAACGAAGUCCUUCCUUCUCAAAUGGAUGAUUAACUGCAACUUUUAUCUGCAAUGGCUUUUGAAACCAUCUUGGUGUUCGAUGCCCUGUUAUAAACCACCCAAAUCUUUUGGUUUCCUUUCAGAAAAAUCUUUUAUUAUUAUUUUUUUUUCCCCUCUGUUUGGAAGGUUUUAUUUUUUAAAUUUUGCUUUAGUGUUUUUGAAACGUCUCUCUUGUUCUAUGUCGUCAUGGUUGAGCUUGUUUCACUGCACCGUUAAGCAGAGUGUACAUUCUGACUGCUACAUUUAUAUAUAUCUUGAAGCUUAAUGUAUAUAUGAGUAGUUUGCCAUGGGAUAACACAGUGUAAACAGAGUAGAAACCCAGAAAUCGUGACUUCUGUGUUCUCUCCAUUUGAGUAUUUUGUAAUUUUUUUGAAAUAUUUGUGGACAUAAAUAAAACCAAGCUACACUACA